UCCUCUUCUGGAUUCGAAACUGCAACAGAUUCUGUGAUAACGCUCUGUCUUGGAAGACCUGCAAACUGCUCCCGUCCCGACCCUCCGCUUGGUCCAGGUUGGCACCCCGCCCGCCUGCCGCCUAGAGACUGCUCUGGAGCCGUGAGAGCUCCUUCCUGUGUGGGCACUGAAGCCAGGGUGUGCCUUCCCAGGAGUGUGUGUGGAGUGAGAGAGAGAAGACUGACCCUGGAGAGGCCUGAUGCUUCACAUCCAUAGGACAGAGUCGAUAAGCACUCAGCACAGUGGCAUUCAGAAAGCGUCUCGAAUGCCUGUUGAAAUGAUUCAGCCUGCAAGAUUCCCUCCCAGCCCACUCUGCAGUCACACCUGAAGAUACUUGCCGAGAGCCUGCUGUGUGCCCAGCCUUCGGAGGCACGCCUGUCACCGGCACCUUGCUUGGAAUUCAGACCAGUCAGGAUUCUAGCUUCUGACAGCUGGGCUUCCUCCUCCUGCUUCUCAUUCUGUGCAGUGUGUGAUGUGAGACGCCUGGCUCCAAGUCGCAGUAGGGUAGAAGAGCUGCACUCAUAAGCAGGUCAUCAAAGGCGUGCCAAGUUCAAACAGGUUCGGAGAAGGAGGUGGGGAGGUCAGCCCUGCCUGCAGGGUCAGGAGUCUGGAAGGGCCGGUGAAGGAGGGAGCAUUUGAAGCAGAAUCGCCUGAGAGAAGGAAGAACCAGCGUGUCCCACCUUUCCCCCUUCCUGUUGUCAAGACUCCUGAAGCCACCAUUGGAGGGCAGGCAAGGCUCUUCCAACAGGAUGGGGUAAAUGGAUGUUGUCAACAAAACCUCAUUUCUGUGGGAAAGUCCCUGUAAAGACAUACAUCCAGGGACUUGGACAGACACUCAGCUGUGUUCACAGCAGCAUUACUCCCAACAGCCGAAAGAUAAAUGUUCUUGAUGCAAGCAAAACAGGAAUGCUCUGAUCAUUUACCGAAGAUCACUGAGGCAAACAAACCUUUGUGAGAUCUCCAGACAGUGCACUAUCACAGGCAGAAAGGGCAUGGGAUGGCAGACAGGUUAGCCAAGAAGCCUCGGAGAGGGUGCCGGUGGAUGUAGCUGCCCUUUGACCCCUCCUGCCCCCCGACCCCGGGCGUUCCCUGCACGAUGCACCCCCCAGCCUACAACUGCUUUGUGGACAGAGACAAGAUGGACUCAGCCAUCCCAGACCUGGGCCCCAAAGAGCUGAGCUGCACGGAGCUGCAGGAGCUGAAGCAGCUGGCACGCCAGGGCUACUGGGCCCGCAGCUACGCCCUGCGGGGGCAGGUGUACCAGCGUCUGAUCCGGGACAUCCCCUGCCGCACGGUCACCCCCGAUGCCAGCGUGUACAGAGACAUCGUCGGCAAGAUCGUGGGCAAGCACAGUAGCACCAGCCUGCCCCUGCCCGAGUUUGUGGACAACACACAGGUGCCGAGCUACUGCCUGAACUCAAAGGGCGAGGGUGCUGUGCGCAAGAUCCUGCUGUGCAUCAGCAACCAGUUCCCCGACGUGUCCUUCUGCCCCGCGCUGCCUGCCGUCGUGGCCCUGCUGUUGCACUACAGCGCCGAUGAGGCCGAGUGUUUCGAGAAGGCCUGCCGCAUCCUGGCCUGCAACGACCCCAGCAGGAAGCUGGUAGACCAGAGCUUCCUGGCCUUCGAGUCCUCCUGCAUGACGUUUGGGGACCUGGUGAACAAGUACUGCCAGGCAGCCCACAAGCUAAUGGUGGCCGUGUCGGAGGACAUCCUGCAGGUGUACGCGGACUGGCAGCGCUGGCUCUUCGGGGAGCUGCCCCUCAGCUACUUCGCCCGUGUCUUUGACGUCUUCCUGGUGGAGGGUUACAAGGUGCUGUACCGCGUGGCACUGGCCAUCCUCAAGUUCUUCCACAAAGUGAGGGCGGGGCAGCCGCUCGAGUCGGACAACGUGAAGCAGGACAUACGUGCCUUCGUCAGGGACAUCGCCAAGACUGUAUCUCCUGAGAAACUGCUGGAGAAGGCGUUUGCCAUCCGCCUCUUCUCUCGGAAGGAGAUUCAGCUCCUGCAAAUGGCCAACGAAAAAGCUCUGAAGCAGAAGGGCAUCACCGUCAAGCAGAAGAGUGUUUCACUUUCUAAAAGGCAGUUCGUGCACCUGGCCGUUCAUGCGGACAGCUUCCACUCAGAGAUCGUCGGUGUGAAGGAGAUGAGAGACAUCUGGUCGUGGGUCCCCGAGCGGUUCGCCCUCUGCCAGCCCCUGCUGCUCUUCUCCUCGCUACAGCAUGGGUACAGCCUGGCCAGGUUCUACUUCCAGUGCGAAGGACGAGAGCCCACUGUCCUGCUGAUCAAGACUACGCAGAAGGAGGUGUGUGGCGCCUACCUGUCAACAGACUGGAGUGAGAGAAACAAGUUUGGGGGCAAGCUGGGAUUCUUCGGGACCGGAGAGUGCUUCGUGUUUAGGCUGCAGCCCGAGGUCCAGCGCUACGAGUGGGUGGUCAUCAAACACCCAGAGCUGACCAAGCCCGCGUCCCUGGAGUCCGCCACCGUUCCACCCUCCCCCAGCCACUCUGUGUCCUCUGAGCCUGCUGACCGUCUCUCGCCGUUCCUGGCUACUCGGCACUUCAACCUGCCCUCCAAGACGGAGUCCCUGUUCAUGGCAGGGGGCAGCGACUGCCUCAUCAUAGGUGGAGGGGGCGGCCCGGCACUGUACAUUGACGGGGACCUGAACAGGGGCCGCACAGGCCACUGCGACACUUUCAACAACCAGCCCCUCUGCUCUGAGAACUUCCUUAUUGCCGCUGUGGAGGCCUGGGGCUUCCAGGACCCUGACAUCCAGUGACGGGCGUGAGUCAACAGUGACCGAGCUGCCGCUGCCAGUGGCAGGGGGUGGUGGUAGCUGGGCCCCUCCUUACGGAGGUGGUGGUGAGUGAAGACCCCCACAUAUGUGGGCACCGUCAGGGUGCAGCUGGGCACAGAACUGGUCUAGGCAGUGGUGCCACAGCUGCAGCUGGCCCUCCCGGACCUGCCGUACUUGCUACCCCUUCGUCCUGGACUCAGGUCCUGGCCGGCCUCUAGGCAGGCAUCCCGUGCGGGAGGCUGGGGUCUUGGCCCCUGAGCCUCAGUCCCCCAGGGUGAGAGGGUGCUGGGGCCAAGGAGCCUGCCCAAGUGUGGGCACGUGGCUCCCCCUGCUGGUGCCUCUGGGCAUCUCCCAAGGAGGCCCUGCAGCUCCUGCUGGCCUGCGAUGGGCGGGGCCCGGGGCUCUGGGUCCCCGGAGAGGGCAAGUGCCCUGUGGACUGUUCCUGGCGGGAGUGUCUGCCUGGAGCUUCUGACUCAGUUCCUCCCUCCCCUGGUCCCCCCUUGGACUGGAACUGCUGGUGAGACCAGGGAGGACAAGCCGCAUGCAGGGCUCUGGGCCCCUCCCCAGGUGCGUGUCCUUGUGUUUCUGCAGAGCCUGAAGCCUCUGCUGGGCCUCAGGGUAGAGUUACGCCUGGAAGGGCCCUCUGGGACAGACCCCACACCAGCCAGCAGUAUUUCUGGGCCCUGCCUGGAGAACCCUGGACCCACGGAGCCAUCUGCAGCCUUCUCUUCUCCAGCUCUCCAAGCUCCCUGCCAUGGCCCCACUUGACGGCAGUGACCUGGUCUGGGGUCCCAACCGACCCCUCACACGCUCUGUCUUAUCGUGCCUCCCCUCACCUGGUGCCACCCGCCCUCCCAGCUCCUGCCACAUGGACCUUCCUGACGCACUGUCUGUGCGUCCGUCUCACAGUGCCUCCUGGGCCUGCAGGGUGGCCCUCUACCCGUGACUUCCUCAGCUGGUCCUGAGGGCCCAGCCACCCAGAGGGAGGAGAGAUGUGGACACUCCAGGGCUGGGGCCAGGGAUCCUGCCCCCUCGGUGCCCCAUGCACCCCCACCCCCAUGCUCAUCUUGCUGGGCGUGCAUCCUCCCUGCCCACCUCCUCAGAUCUCUGCCGAGCCUGGCCACAGCAAUACAGAAGGACACACCAGGAACCCUGUGUGGCUUUGGGCAGGCCGGUGAACCUGCCUGGAACUCAGUUUCCCCAACUGUAAAAUGGGGCCGUUUACCCUGCGCUGCCGUCCCGCAGGGCUGCUGAGAGGCCUGCAGAGGGGAGAGGUGCUCAGGGGAGUCAGCUUCCUCCCCGGACACCGCAGCCCUCGCUGCCCCUCCUCGAGCCCCCUCAGCCCUCACCUGUGCUUCAGUGUUCAUUAAACAGCUGUGUGAACUGCAGGGAUCCGAAUCUGGUUUCUUAAACCAGAGGGACCUCCCCGGGUGCCCCACCCCACCCUGGGUGCCCUGCCCCGCCCCAGCUCGCCUCCUGCUUGUCAGUCUGGUCACGGAACAUCAAAGGCCUUUUCAUAGCACAGCCUUUCAGAAGCAGCUGAAGGCACACCUGAGCACCCUUUCAUGCCCCUCCGUGAACCUCCUGAGUUGUGGAGUCCUUUUCCUGCUGAGUAAUUCCACAUGAUUCUCUGAGACUGCCCCAGGGCCCCCCUCCACCCAGCUCGGCAGUGGCAGCUGAUGAGUCACCAUUUCUGUGCCGUGAGGUCUCUGUGUGCAUGCACGGUACUCGCUUUCUUUGCUUUUCCUAUCUUCUCCCUAACUUUUCUGCUAAACUAAAAGGUAUGUGUGAUUAUUAUCUUCAGUUUUUUUAUUCUGAUUACUGUCCUUGUUAUCUGAUAUUCGGUCUUCCCAAAUAGAGUAAAAUUUAUUUUGUGACAUUCUCUGUUAUUUCUUCCUGAUUAUUAGCGUUUUCUGUUAAAAAUUAGCCAAAUGUUUAUGGAAUAGUACAGUGAAUUACAUUUGUUUUUCUAGAAACAUUUGAAAAUGUAUUUUAAGAAAAAAAUUGAACAUAGUUUGAAGCAGUUCAUUAUCAAAGUAGACUGUAUGCAUUUAAGGCUUCAGAAAAUCAGUUUUCCUAAAACAGUUUAUAUUACAAGAGUAAGUCCAUUGUAUUUUAUGAGUUUUUCCAUUUUAAUUAUUGAAUUAAAAUAAGUAUUCAAUUUUUCCUAAUUUCAUACAUUCUUUUUUUUUUUAGUUUCUCAGGGCAACUUGUUUUAGAAGAUUCUGAAGGUUUCACAAGGUCUUCAAAUUUAUCAAUUUCCUGAAGCCACAGAGCCCUUAUAAUAAUCUCCUUACAUACCUUAAUAUUUAGGAGAUUCAGUUUUUGUCGCUUUAUUUUGAGAUAAUUUUAGACUUAGGACCUGUUUCAUGGAGGGUAUAGAGCUCCCACCCCCACCCCCCCCACCCAUUCCCAGCUCAUUUAUGAAACCCAAGAAAUGAACAUUAGUACUCACUAGAAACUUAAACUGCAGUCUGUAUUCAGGUUCCCUGUUUUUCUGUAGUGAUUUUUGUUGCAGGAACAGAUCUAAUCUUUACAACUUUAUUUUCCCACAUUUUAAUUAAAUUCUGAAUGUCAUCACAUUCGCCUAACACUGAUCUUAGAAACACAUUGCCAUAAUGAGGCCGUCUGGUGCAUCUCAACCA